AUGGGGAUCGAGCAUUACAAUCAGCCACAUCCAAUCUUUUUUAUCCUCGAAGUAUCGAACGCCUUUUUCACGACCGUUUUCGGCCUGGAGGCGAUCGUCAAAAUAAUAGGUCUACGUUAUCAUUAUUUCACGGUACCCUGGAAUCUGUUUGAUUUCUUACUUGUAUUGGCGUCCAUUCUGGGUAUUCUAAUGGAAGAUAUUAUGAUGGAUUUUCCUGUGUCCCCGACGCUCUUGCGAGUCGUGAGAGUGUUCAGAAUCGGCAGAAUCUUGAGGCUCAUCAAAGCUGCGAAAGGUAUCCGUAAGCUGCUCUUCGCUCUUGUCGUCAGUCUUCCAGCACUCUUCAAUAUCGGGGCCUUGCUAGCCCUGAUCACAUUUAUCUACGCCAUCAUCGGCAUGUCUGUUUUCGGGCAUGUCAGGAAACAAGGCGCAUUGGACGAUAUGGUGAACUUCGAAACGUUUGGUAGAAGUAUGCAGCUGUUGUUCCGUUUGAUGACUUCGGCUGGUUGGAAUGAUGUAUUGGAAUCGUUAAUGGUGCAACCACCUGAAUGCGAUCCUACACCAAACAGUCGACAGAUGAACGGAGAUUGCGGAUAUCCCUUGCUAGCAAUUACAUACUUCACAUCAUUUAUCAUUAUUAGUUACAUGAUAGUCAUCAAUAUGUACAUUGCCAUCAUCUUAGAGAAUUUCAAUCAAGCUCACCAAGAAGAGGAGAUUGGUAUCGUCGAAGAUGACUUAGAGAUGUUCUACAUCCGAUGGUCGAAGUAUGAUCCACAUGCAACACAAUUUAUUAGCUUUUCGCAGUUGAGCGACUUUAUAGCAAGCCUGGAUCCGCCGCUGGGGAUAUCAAAGCCCAACGUUGUAGCGUUGGUUAGCUUUAAUCUUCCCAUCGCAAAGGGUAACAAGAUUCAUUGUCUGGACAUUCUACACGCGCUUGUUAAGCACGUUCUUGGGCACGUCGAAGAAUCGGAUGAUUUUAGAAAGCUGCAAGAACAGAUGGAUGUCAAGUUCAAAAAGCAGUUUCCAACUAGAAAAGAAUUGGAGAUAGUGUCUUCCACAAGAAUCUGGAAGCGACAAGACAAAGCUGCCAGAUUGAUUCAACGUUCCAUAAGAGAAUACAUUGCAAUGAAAAAAGAGCGCGAAAGAAUCGCUCAGGAGGUGGACUCGCAGACACAGACCUCGAGCCCAGGUGGCGUGGACGGUAGGAGCGGAGGUGGAUGGGGCGGUAAGUUGUCGGCUCUGUUGCAUGUGCACCGGGGUAGUCGGGCCAGUAGCCGCAAGUCCUCUAGGGCCAGCGACGCCAGCGAUCUCAGCGAACUCGGUACCGCUUCGGCAUGGUUGUUCCCGAAUCUUCCUCUGCUGUUGCUCUCCGGCGCCACCGGAACCCACGAGGACCUGCAACCCCCGGCAUUGACCGUCUCUCGUCCCUCACCAACCGCUGAUCAACCCUCCGCAGCCUCCAGCUCUGGCUCGGAUUCUCAUGUUACUGUGAGAUCACUGGGUCCCACGCUGGGCCGGCAGGAUGCAGUGGAAAAAUAUCCGGAGGACGUACUCAGCCCACCAACUUCGAAACGCGGUUCCCUGCGGCCGAGCGGUACUACCCUCUCGCUGAAUACGCUACAACGGGAUAUCAAAGAAGCAUUCAACCGACGAUGUGGCAGUCUAAGACGACGAGCACCGCCGCCGGAGCCGGUGCAAUUACCAGUCGAGAGUAGCGACGUGAGUAUCCUGGUGACAGAACCCAGUCCAGAGAACACGGCGCCGCCCUCGAGGCCGCCGUUAAUCAGACAGCAGUCGGAAGCAACGGUGGUGCAUGUACUAGUGCACAGAGAAAGCGAAGAAUAUCAGGACACACCAGACGAAAGCUGAUCUUAACCGAUAUGCGGAUAGCGAUAGCAGCACAAUUUAGUAAUAAUAUAUACGAUAAAUAAUAUAUACGUAGACGUAUAUUAUAUACAUACAUGUAAACUUUUCACAUAAUGCAGACCUAAUUUUAGAUAGGGCGAUGAUCCGCAUAGCUUUUUCGGGGGGAAUCUUUGCGAGUCGAAGAGCGUGUUAUGUUUUGUGCGUGCGUGCGUGCGUGCGUGCGUG